UUUCGCGUUUAUCAAAAAAAAUAUCAAGACUUUUUCAUAUGUGUUUUACAUAUGCAUGGCCCAGGUAUUUCUCGCUAAAUUCCGCCUACAGAGGUCUCGAAAUGGCGACCGGUUUAUGUUUUAUCGUACAGAAUAUCAAUGGGUGUACAACAUACUGGAGAAGAAGAAGGAGGCUGAUCGUAUUGUGUAUGAGGACACAGACCCUGACACAGGGUUCAUCCUGCUGCCAGACAUGAAUUGGGACCCAACAGACACAAGUGCUCUGUACCUGGUAGCAAUUGUCCACAAACAUGACAUCAAGUCUUUGCGAGACCUGGACACAGGGAGCCUUCCGCUGCUGCAAAAUAUACUCAUGAAAGGGCUGAAAGCUAUUCAGGACACCUAUGACAUUCCAGCCAGCAAACUGAAUGUUUACAUCCAUUACCAGCCGUCAUACUACCAUUUUCAUGUGCAUUUCACCAAUGUUAAGUUCGAAGCACCGGGGUUCGGAGCUGAUAGGGCUCAUCUUCUGGCUGAUGUAAUUAACAAUAUACAGUUGUAUGGCGACUUCUACAAGAAAAAGACGCUGACGUUCCUCGUAAGAGAGCAAGAAGACUUGUACAUGAAGUUUAAAGAUGCAGGAUACUUUGAUUGCUCUGACAUUUAGUUUUCCGUCUUCCUGAGCAUUCAUCCAUAUCUUGUGGUGAUUACUUUUCCAGUAGCAAUGGUCAUCACAAACUGAUGUUAUACCGUGUUUUGACAGCUGACAUCAGACAAGGCAUUGAUAGUCAAGUUUUCAAGCUCUGGAGAGGGUGACAUGGCAAUAUCUGUACCAUAUUACCA